AUGGAAGUUGCCGACGCAGUUUCAAGGCUGCCACUUCCAGUCAAGCAUAAAGACGACACCAAAGAAUGUCUUGCAGUCUUUGAUUCAACGCCUCUCACUGCGAGCCAGGUGGCGGGUGCGACUAAAAAGGACCGCAUUCUUUCCGAAGUAGUGCGGUUCACCUUAUCUGGCUGGCCCGCGCACUACGAUGAUCAACUGGAGCCUUUUUACGUUCGUCGAAACGAACUAUCGUACGAGCAAGGCUGUGUCACGUGGGGCCAACGAGUCAUCAUUCCGGACGAACUUAAAAACGCAGUGUUAGCAUUGUUGCAUGAAGAGCACCCAGGAAUGCAAGGAAUGAAGAUGCUCGCGAGGUCUUUUGUUUGGUGGCCGUUGAUUGACAAAGACAUCGAAGCCAUUGUCCGUCAAUGUAAAGUGUGUCAAACGACCUUGCCUGCGAAGGCACCAGGACCAAUUCAUCCAUGGACUUAUCCAACUCGUGUUUGGCAGAGAGUUCAUGUCGACUUCGCCAUGAAGGAUGGCUCGAACUUAUUCCUUCUAGUAUACUCCUACUCAAAGUGGAUAAAAGCAAAAUGCCUCCGUACUACAACGACAUCAAAAACAAUCGACUGUCUCAAAGAGAUAUUUGCAGCCUAUGGCUACCCGGAAGAACUGGUUAGUGAUAACGGACCUCAGUUUACUUCGCACGAGUUCUCUGACUUCGCCGCUUCUCACGGAAUUCGACACACUCGUACGCCACCGUACCAUGCUUCGUCGAAUGGGGCAGCAGAAAGGCUGGUUCAGACAACAAAAGCUUCUCUACUCAAGCAAGUGCUUCACGAUAACUUAACAGGCCGGCACAGAACCCUGCAUCAGCGACUUAGCGACUUCUUGCUUGCUUACAGGAACACCCCAAAUUCUGUAACGGGAAGAACGCCGGCUGAGCUGUUCCUGAAACGACAACCUCGAGUAAAGCUUUCGCUCUUGAAACCAAGUUUUGUGCAGGACAUGAGGAGUCGUCAAAACCGAGACGCCACACAUCGCAACGAGGGCCGAGGAAGGGACCUGCAGAUGGAAGUUGGUGAUCCAGUCUUCGUGAAGACUACGAGAGGGGAAACCCUGUCGUGGGAGGAAGCUGUCCUGGCACAACGCGUAAGCGACUCUACGUUUGCAGUCAAGGUCGGAGAUCAUUUUCAUUUUGUCCAUAUCGACCAUUUGAGACCUAGGUGGACAUCUGGACCAAAAACAUCCAUCCACCCGGACGUCGCGCAAGAAGCAGAGCCCGCUCUAAGUGCCAGUAGUCAGCAGGACUUUACAACAAACCUUCCAGAACGUGAGACCUCUGGUGAAUCCAUGGUUAGCGGUCCUACUGCGGAACAGCUGGACGACGUACGCUUAGGUGACGCCACUUCAAGAGAGCAACUGACAUCGCAGCCUGAGGCAGAACACUCAGCAGCUCAGCCCUCAAACAUCACCACGGCUACAGCCAUGGCAUCACCCGAAGAGGCCCCUUUGCGAAGAAGUAAUCGCACAAGACGUCCACCAGAUCGCUAUCAAGCUUCCAAUUAUGAACGCGAAAAGAAACGCGUGUAG